UAUAAUUGAAACUUGCUUUCCUGUCCGAGUUUGACCCCCCUGUAAGAACAUGAAAAGAUGGCGACAUAUUUAAAACGAACGUCAAAAUUAUUUGAUAUUUCAUUGUUGCGGUCUUCCGCAGAUGUGAAUUUAAGAGAUUUAAUGUGUCCCGUGUGCCGCGGUAUAUUAAUCGAGCCAGUGACACUUCCUUGUACACAUAACCUCUGUUUACGGUGCUUGAAAGGAACCUUUGAACAUAACAGCCUGAGUUGUCCUCUUUGCAGAGUUCGUGUAGGUUCUUGGCUUCGUACAGCUACCAAGUCUGAAACAUUGGUCAAUAACGCACUUUGGGAACUCAUCAGGACUAAAUUUCCCAAAGAGGUUGAAGACAAAUAUAACGGAGACGACGGAGAAAUUGAAUUGGACGCUGGAUUAUCAACCAGGAAUAAAAUACUUAGUGCUGCUGGAGAGAUUCGAAGAGAAUAUGAAGCACAACUUCAAAUGGCUGAAGAAGAAAUGCGACGUCAAAGAAAGAACGAAGAAAUUGCUAGCCAGGCAUUAAUAAGAAAAAUUCAAGUUGAAGAACAGCAGCAACAAUUUGUGCAGAUAGCACGAGAUCAAUUAUUAGCUCAAAAUUUAGCAAAAAAACAAUUAGCAGAGAAACAAAAAGAGGUGACAAUGUACCAAAAUGAAUGCGCAACUUCGUCAAUGUCAAAUUGUUCAGUUGAUAUAUCUAAGAUUGAUACUAAAUCAAUGCCAUUACUUAAUACAGAAAUUUUUAAAUUUGAUGGGCCAAAUUUGGAAACAAGAAAAAUGAAUCUUUCAGAAUUAAAAAAUGGUUCUGAAUUAAGACGUUCUAAUAUUGCUUUGAUAUCCAAAAUUCGUGCAGAAAGAUAUGCGUCGAGUGCAAAACCAAACACAUCAAAUGCAUAUAAAGAUUCUACUGCUAAGUUUUGUUGUCAAAAGUCAAUGCCUGUUUAUAACACAAUUGCAAGAACUUUAAAACAUCAAGUGGUAACUAAAUUUACUCAGCCUGGAACUUCAAAUUAUACUUUGGAACCAGGAUGUUCCACUUCUAAAAUUUAUGGUAUGCAGAGCAAAGAAGAAUUACGUGUACCCAGUGAUGUUUUAAGUAGUAAAAAGAAAAGUUUAGGUGUAGAAGUUUGCAUGACCUCAGGAAAUGGCGAUGAAAGAAUUGGUAGUGCUGAAAGUGCAGGUAGUCAUGAUAGUAUCAAUCAAGAAAUUCAUCACUUUAAACCUAUUAAGGCAAUGCCGCGAACACCUUUCAAAAUGUCCAUAGAUGGAAAACAAAUUGAACCAAAAUUGGUUAGGGUAAUACCUGUUUUGAAGAGAAUAUCUAAUGCUUUACCAAAGGCUCCGUCUCCAACUCAUUUAAAGAGAAUUAUUGGAUGUUCAUGGAGUGCUUUUAAAGGUAAAAUUAGACAAGAUAUGAAAAUAAAGGAGAAUGUGUGUGAAACUAGAGAGAGAAUAGAUGAAGUUCAACAAAAUCCAUCAACUUCUCUUACCCAACAAGCUAAUGUUACUGUUAAUAAAUCAUCAAAGUCUCAGAUACAUGAUGCUAUACGCAGACUUGAUUUGGUUCCUGAACUAUCAUUUGAUAGUAAUAAGAAUUACGCAAAGAAUAUAAAUAGAACAAUUAAUGGUACUAAAGUAAGCAAAAAACUAAUCUUAGACGAGCAUGUAACUUCAGGGAAAGUUCAAAAAACUUGGAGAUCACAAAUAAAGAACGGUAUGAUGGGAAAAAGUAAGAGACAAAAGAAUAUAUGGUCAAAUAGAAAAGAUGUCGAGUUUACAUUAGAUAAAGAAGAAGUGAAUGAUAAUGUAACAAAUUCUGACCCCUCAUUUAACAAUGCUAAGGAACGCUUAGAAUGUAAUGAAGAUUUAGAAUGUAAUGAACAGAAAGAAGAUAGUAGGGAUAAUGUAGCUGUAGAAAACAUUGCAGAAAGAAUUAAAAAGAGGAAAGUAAAUAUUAAAAGAAAGAAUUCACAAGUUGAACAAGAUAAAAUACUUGAAGCAGACAGUGGCGAUGAGAGGAAACCUACGAAUAAAAGAGGUAUAAGGAAAAGAGCUUUAUCUAGGAAAGGUAAUAAUCAAACGUCAACAAGUGAACGAUCUGCAGUUACUGUACAGAAAAGGAUAAAGUUAAAUUGUUCGCACAAGCCUACAUUAAGGAACAAAAGUGAAAACAUAAAAAAUGAUGUAGAUAGUCUCAAUACAAGUUGCAAAACAAUUAUUCAUGGAUUAAGAAAGUCAAGUCGGAAUAUCAAAACAGUAGUUAAUAAUUCUUCCAAAAAAUAUGAUCAAGAUGUUUUAAAUAAAGAAAAUCCAAACAACAAUAAACAUAAUUAUGAUCGAUUGAAUUCGUGUCUCGUAUCACAAGGAACUAUAUCAAAUAAUACCAAUAGUGCUACAAUAAUCAAUGAGAAUGUUCUAUCAAACGAAGAAGUAAUUAAAGAACAAGAAAGAAUAGAAAGAUUGGUUCUUCAAGAGAAAGAAGAUUUUGAAUUGGCUCAAAGAUUACAAACUAAGUUUGAUGAAAUGGAACGAAUAGCUGGACGUACACGGCGGUCUAGAAAAGCGAUUGAAAGUGGAGAUAUUUCCUUAGAUUUAUACAAAAUAGAAGUAGGAAGGACUGUGCAUAAAGUAGCUAGUACACAUACUGCCAAACGAUCAACUCUUAAUCAAACUGUAAGCAGUGAAACUAAACAACGUGGUAGGCCUCGGAAGAGUGUGAAAUAAAUAAGAAAAGUUGUUACUGCAUUUCAACUAAGAACCCUCCAAGACGGAUGUUCCUAUAAAAUAUAAAAUACAACUUCAAUUUCUUUUUCUACAAUAUAUAUUCUAAGUAUUUUGAAGAAAAUACUUGCACGAUAUAAUAUGCGUACCUGGAUAUAUUAUGACAACUGUAAAUGAAGGAUCAGAGAACUUAAAUGAAAUUUUAAGAGAAUAAAUAUAGUCAUUGACAUAUAUAUUUCAUUGAAGAUUGACAAACUUGGAUUUGAUCAAAAGUUUGUUUUCAUGAUUUUUAUGGAUUACUAAUUAUUUAAAGAUCUUAUUGUUUAUAAGUAAUUUUAUGUUAAUAUAAAAUUAUUCGCGCAAAAAUCAAAAUGAGAAAUGGCAGUAGGUGUUUCAAUAUUGUAGAAUUUAAAGCAAUACGGAUGCUUGCAUAAAAGAAAAAGCAGAGAUAUUAAGAUUCUUCAAAGAAAGAAAAAAGAUUUCCCUAUUAACUUUCAUCCUUCUUGUAUAUUCAUCUUCGCUACAAAAUCGAUUCUUUCUCGGCGUUGAAAGUGCCAAAUACGUGACGGAUAUAAACACAGCUGAUAAUGUUGACGACAUACCGAGAAAAGGACGAUAAUGAUUAUUGAAGUAAAAAGGGAAGGGGGACCUUAAUGAGAUCACAGAUCUCUGCUGAAAAGAUAUCACAUACUUUUUAGUAAUUUGUUUCAAUAUGAUAUAAUAUUUCUUUACUUUUCUUAAAUAGUUAAUGAUUCAUAUAAAUCUAUUUCAAUGACUUAUAGAAUACACAUCAACCAGUAUUUCAAUAUUAACUGAUUACCUGCCUUUAUAUUUUUUGAAUAUCGAAGAUAUUGUAAUAUUUAUUAACAUCUUAAGGAAACAAAAUGCUUCCAGAAGUUAGAAGUUCAGUUCGUUUGACUGUUAAAUACACAAAUUACCUUUUUAAAUGCAGCAUCAUUACAAGCUCACAUGCCAUUGUACAUACGAAUUUUACUACGUACUAUGUAUAUAUUAAUUGGCAGCAAUUUCAAAAAAAAAAAAAAGAAAAAAAAAGAAAAAAAAAGAAAAAAAAAACAGAAAAAAAGAAAAAAAGGAAAAAAAAAGAAGAAUAUAGGUAUUCAUUUAAAUAACAUUAGAUAGAUAAAUAUGUGUUUAGAUCAUAUUUAUGCUGCAAAUGCCUACUGUCAGCUCUGACGGCCUUAAUUAUGAUACUGCUAUUAUUGUAAAUAUAUUAAGAUUAGGAUUAUAUAUGCUGAAAAAAAGAAAUCAUAAUGAAUAUGAAAGUUACUAAAAAGAGGAAAUAUUUUGCUCUAUAUGACAAAUUCUAAAUGUUUCUAAAUGAAAUUAGCUGAACAAUUAUAUUAGCAAAGAUUAAGCGACAGUUCCUUUGAUAGAAUUUCAUUAUUAGUGAUCCUUAUCUUUUUAUAGAUCACUUAUACAGAUAAUAUCAUAUUGUGGGUUAAGAAUUGGCAAUUAGCUUUCAUUUAUUGUGAUAGUUACAGUAUUUUUCACCUUCACAGUUUUGGUUUCUUUAUUUAGUAAGAUUAACAUAAUAGUUCGUGAAGUCUUCAUUAAUAUUAUUGAUGGUAAAGAUCAAUAUUAUUAGUGUCAUAACAUUUUAUGAUACUUUUCUAAUAAUUAGUACUCUUAUAUUUUAGGCUAUAAUAAUACGCAUAAAUAAGUUCGGUUAAAAAUGUAAACACGUUUUAAUUCUAAGUGAAUAUAACCGAAUUUAUUUAUAUUAUGACCCAAUAUGUACAAGGCAAUAUUUUUUUUCUUCUAUGUCAGAGCUUUCUAACUAUUGUAGUAUUGUAUAAAAACAAAUGCUCAUAGUAUUUCAUAUGUAAGUAAAAUUUCUUGAACGUAUAUAUAUCCAUAUAUAUAAUAUAUGGAAAUUUAUCAGAUGGUCCUAUGGCAUAAAGAAAUAAUCAGCUCUUUCUUGCGUUACACAGCUUUAAUAAAAAAAAAAAAAAAAAAAAUCUAAAUAGUUUAUAAAUGUUCAAAACGUUCGCUUUUUUUUUUUCUUCUUUUUUUUUUCUAAAACCGUUAGAUAAUUUAUUUUUUCUUAAAUUUUCGUAUUUUGAGUUACUAUAAUUAUAAAUGAUGAGCGGUUAAUAAUAUCGCAUUCCAAAAUUAUGUCAAUGUAAUGUGACAUUUGGAAGUAAAAGAUAGUCAUAGAUUAUAUAAAGUUAUUUUAUAUAUAUAUCAAAUGUAAAAGCUAAAAAAAAUACUGACGCGAUACACCAUAGUCAUAAAAUUUUGUUCCAAAUACAUGUAGACGACGCUAAUGCUCAGAGAUUAUUAUUAUUAUUAUUUAAACAAUUCAAGGUCGUCGAUAUAUAUAUAUAUAUAUAUAUAUAUAUAUAUAAUUUUCUUUCUCCAUACAUACAUAUGUAUGUCACACAUGAUCAGUUUAUUGGCAUGUAUUCAUGCUCCUGUAUGUGUGUGUAUAUACAUAUGUUUAUAUGCAUAUACAUAUAUGUGAAUACAAUCUAAUAAUAAAUCGAAACGAAUCGUGUACAAUAAAAUUUUUGUGAGGUUGUUAAAUAACACUAGAAGAGACAAUUAAAACGAUGUAGGUAGUAGGACUUGUUGAUAAUCGCACUAUAAACUAUAAUAAAUAAAUAUAUAUAUAUAUAUAUAUAUAUAUAUAUAUAUAUAUAUAUAUAUAAUAAAAAUGAUAAACACGUGCAUGGAAUUUAAAAAAAAUUAUAAGAUAUACGAAUGUAUAGAAAAAAAUAUUUAGUUAUAGGCAAACGCUAAAAGAUAUUGUCAGUAUGUAACGUGUUAAUAAAAACAAUAUUAUAGGUCGAAACGAGAAAUAAUCAUAAUUUUAAUUAAGAAAGAUUGCAUAAAUGUGUAAGAACACAUGCAUAUUAUGGAUUUUUAGAGAGUCAAUUUUAUAUGCUGAUAUGUAAUGUGUGACAGAGAAUGUAAAAGGAAGAAACCAAGAAAAGAGAAAAAAAAAGAUGAAAAGCGAUAUUUGAAAACAUAGGGUUAUCAUCCUGUUUUCCUUGGUGCAUUUUAUAUAUGGAAACGAAUAAUAAAUAGUUGUAACUACUUCGAAGAUAGUGAUUAUUUCCGUAUUACUACUUUAUGCAUUUAUGAUUGAAAAAUGAGCUUUUAUAUAUACAUACCUAAAUUUGUAUAUUUAACAAAGAGCGAAAUAUUUUGCAGAUAAUAUUUGUACAUGACGUAUACUUUUUCGAGCUUUCCACAUAUAAAUAAACCUAUUUUCCGUUUGGAAUAAAUCCGGUAAAAAAAUAUAACAAUAGCAUUUUGUAUUCAACAUAACAACACAUUUAUGUGUAACGCUCCUUUUAAUAGUUUUAUUUAUAAUUUCGUAGAUAUACAGUUAAUUCGUUCAGUCAUUUAUAAUAAUUACAUUGUAUGUAGUAUCUUUUGCAGCAAUCAAUAUUGCACAUUGAUUCGGUAAAUAUUAAGUUCGGUCGAUAAAACAGGAUCAAAUGAAAAUAUUAUUAUUAUUAUUAUUAUUAUUAUUAUUAUUAUUAUUAUUAUUGUUGUUGUUAGAAGAUUUAUUUCAUAUUUUUAAUAUGUAGAUAUAUAAAUAAAAAAUUUUCUGUAAUUAUCUCUUUGACGAAAUCAGCUCUAUUUUUUUCUAUUCUGUGCUUUUAAGCAGCCAUAAAAGGCAGCUGAAUAAAACGCAAUAAAGUAUUCCGAUCGAGCGUGAACAUUCGCAACUAGUAAUAUCCCUUUCACGUGAUUUUUUUUUUCUUUGCUAUUGUAAAUACGUUUAGAAAAACAAAUUUAAUGCGAUAUAAGCAACUAUAAAUUGUCAAUUCUAUCAAUUAGCAAUAAAAAAAAAAAUAUAUAUAUAUACAUAAACAUACAUACGUAUAUAUCUUAUCUAGCAUAAAAUUCAUCAAUGACCUGUUUGUAGAAUUCUACAUACGCAAAAUGAAACGUGUCAUAACGUCGAUCAUAAUCGAUGAUAUAACAAGUGUCGCCGUUUUCAUAAUCGAGGUCCAAUCAACGAGAGAAGAAAAGGUUUUCUUGAUAAAAAAAAAUAAAAAACAUAAAAAAAAGAAGAAAAACUGAUCAGUUUGUAAAAAAAAAAAAAAGUGCAAAUUUGAAGAAAAAAUAAAUGGGAUGGAAAAGAAGGAAUAGCGCGUGUACGAUCUUGAUUGGUAAUAAUAAUUAUUGGAAUUUACAAAAAGAAUUAAAAGUGCAAACGAAGAAGGAAGCUAAGAGAACUAGUGGUGAGGAGAGGAGAGAAGAGGAAAGGAAAAGAGAAGAGAAGAGAAUAGUGCUCAAUCGGUGAAACGAAGUAAAAAAGAGAGAGGCGAGAAUGAACGAUCGCGACGACCAUGGUGGCUGCAAUGUGACCGGUGUACCACGUGACCGAUAGAACCAAUCGGUUCUUAGGUAGAACUGGCGGUCACGUUGCGUUCGGCGUGGCAAAAGCUUUCCCCUUUCCUCUGCACGCUGUCUCCCUUAUCCUGCUUGCAAGCAGCAAGUCCUAGGUGAGAACCAUAAGCACGACUCUCGACGAAUACAACAGUCCAAUUUUCUUCUUUUCUCGGAAAUCAUUGUGCAUUUAUUAUUACCUCUUUACGAUCAUGUGUUCGUUACCAUUCUCGAGCGCGUAGACAGAAGAGAUUGUCAUACGAAGAGCAUAGAUAUAGAUAUCGUUGAAGUGUAUUUUAAUUAUCAUUUUAUUAACCGCGUUAUUGUGCAUUAUUUGUGUAGUGUUAAUGCAAAUUGCAUUAAAGAAAUUAUUAAUUCGUCGGAAAUUAAUGUUGGCAACGAUAACAGAAUUACGAUUUAUUCGUGACGACGUCAGAUUUAUGUUUUCUGUCGUAUGACGGGAGAAAGACAAAGAGAAAGGAUUGUUAGAAUUUCGCGCCUCUUUCAAAAGUGAUACCUUCACAAAUAGGAAAAGAAGAAGAAUCUUGACUUGGAGAAGAGGUUGCGUUAGCAUAAAAUAAUUGCGUAAUGCCGCCGGACGAUUAGCAAUGAGGCUUUCGUUUUACCAUUUUCUUUUUAUUUCUGGAUAGAAAAAUGAAUUAAGUCUCUGCAAAUAUACGUUCGGUAUUCGUCGAAAGAAAAAGGGAGAGAGAGAGAGAGAGAGAGAGAGAGAGAGAGAGAGAGAGAGAGAGAGAGAGAGAGAGAGAGAGAACAAGUCGAGAGAGUCUUCUUGAAAGUACUUCGAAAAAAUCAGGACGACGCGAGGAUUCAUCGAUUUUCUACAAAAUGGAUGCGAUUUGAAGCUAAGAGUAGAGAGAUCGAGGAAAAGAAAGAAAGAAAGAAACGAUAGAAAGGAAAGAAAGAAAGAAAGAAACGAUAGAAAGGAAA